CCCAGUGCUGAGUUUUCUGUGACACAGCUGGUCCUGCUCUUUUUCCAAGAUGCUGUUUUGGCACAGCCAGCCGGAGCACCUGUGGCCCAGCCCCGGGGAACUGUACCCCGGGCCACCAAGCAGCUUGCUCAGGGAGGCCUUGCCCUUGCCCUACCUGAAGCAGGAAGAGCUGCCCAACAUCCCCCGUGCGGAACCGCCCUGCCCCGCCUUCCAGUACGUGCUCUGUGCAGCUACCUCGCCAGCUGUGAAGCAGCAGGAGGAGACCCUCACCUACCUGAACCAGGGCCAGUCCUAUGAGGUGAGGAUGCUCUGCAACCCCAGACUGGGCGAUGCCACCCAGGGGCCCCGGCUGCUGAAGAGUGUGGUGCGUGUGGUUUUCCACGACCGGCGCCUGCAGUACACAGAGCAGCAGCAGCUGGAUGGGUGGAGGUGGAGCCGGCCUGGGGACCGCAUCCUGGACAUAGAUGUGCCACUGUCCGUGGGGGUGAUAGAACCCCAAGUGCUACCCUCACAACUCAACACGGUGGAGUUUUAUUGGGACCCGACCAAGCGGACCUCCCUCUUUCUGCAGGUUCACUGCAUCAGCACUGAGUUCACUCCUAGGAAAAAAGGUGGAGAGAAAGGCGUUCCCUUCCGCCUUCAGAUCGACACUUUCAAGCCCAGUGACAAGGAGCUUUCGCCGGAGCACCUGCAUUCAGCUGGCUGCCUCAUCAAGGUGUUUAAGCCCAAAGGAGCUGACCGGAAACUGAAAACUGACCGGGAGAAGAUUGAGAAACAGCCCGUGCAUGAGAGAGACAAGUAUCAGACCGCCUGUGAGAGCACAGUCUUCAUGGAGUGUUCACCGUGGCCAGAGCCCAGUUCGGGACCCCACCCACCUCUGAGCCCUCUUGCUCUGACCUCCCCCAACUCCUGCAAGCUCCUGUCCCCGGAGAGGCUCUGCUCCUCACCCCCAUUCGCCUUGGACACCUUGGGGGGCAGCCCAGCUCAAGAUCUGAACCCUGGAGCCUCCAUCCUAGAGACACAGCAGUGGUUGCAUCGGCACCGGUUCUCCAACUACUGUCGGUCGCUGGCCAAUUUCACUGGCACUGAUCUGCUGAAGCUUACCCGCCAGGACCUUAUCCAGAUCUGUGGAGCUGCCGACGGGAUCCGCCUUUUCAAUACUCUAAGAGCCAGGCCCAUCCGUCACCGGCUGACCUUAUAUGUCGCUCAGGAGGCCUCCAGGCAAGAGAACGAGGUUCCUAAGAACCCUGACUCAGGCUUUUAUCAAGAGAUCUCUCUGGAUGAACUCAGUGCUGUAGAGCUCAUGGGGAAACUGGCUGAACUGCUGGCCCUCCCAGCCAAUCAGAUCCACCGGCUCUUCCACCAGGGCCCUGGGGGUAUCCUCAUUCUCCUCAGUGACCAGGUGGUUCAGAAUCUUGAGGAUGAGUCGUACUUUGUGGCUGUGGUGAAGAAAGGUAGGGCUUUUAGAGGGAGAGGCGUGUGUCUCUCGCAGGCCCUAGAAAGGGUAAGAUUGUUUAUACUGCCUCCUAAAUGAGAUUAAAAGGUUCCUUGAAGGUGUGUUGCGGGUGCUGUGUCCCAAUCAAGGGGUAAACAUCUGCUCUACACCAGCUUUGUGUCAAAGGGACAGGGUCAUACAGCUAGGAGACAGCCAUUUAUUGCUCAGGAAGAAGUAACUGAAUAAAUGCAUUCUCAUGAGGGAGACAUGCCCUAGUUUCAGGGAGUUUAUCAGAAGGGAAGGGAAGACCCCUACCCCUCUUCCCGCCCCCCCCCCCCACCCCAAGUCAUACAAGUCAGAAGGGCAGGUGCUUGCUGGACACCACCUGGAGCAGAGCACUUCUGAUAAGCUGGCUUGUGGUCCUGGUUAUUCAGAUGCCUGCCCUCUAUCCCUCCUCUGUGCUCCAGUACCCAGGGAGGCUUCCUGAAGAGCUGGAUCCAGGGUGGGGCUGGAAGAACACUUGGGUGCGGCAGAGGCACUGCACGCUGCUUGGAGGUUUAGGAGCAGCACAGUAGUUAGUGGCGGUUGGGGCCCAUCUCAUCCCGGUGGUGCCCUUUCUUUCUUUUACUGCUUUCAGUGCAGAAUCCAGAUGGCUACUACCUGGUUCUGACCUAGGCCCAGGGGUGCCCUGCUGCAAGAGGAGGAGACUGGUGCCAGCCUUGGUUCUCUGGGGUCCUGUGCUCACCAGAGGCCUGGUUAAAAUCUUCACCUGCUUCACCAGGCUUCAGGUGAAGAGCCAAAUCGUCAUGUGUCCUACCCCUGGGGAGGAGACAAGCAGCCCCCAGGCUCACAUUUCUUUCUGCUCAACAGCAAGUUGUUGGAACCCCUGAGACACAGCCUUCCCUGCUGAGCUGAGCUGGCCAAGCCUGUGAGGCAAAAACCCUGGCAAUAUGGAUAAGGAGCUUUUGCCCCAAGCAGUGGUGCUGAACAGAGUGCAUUAAUUCAUGUUUAUUUAAAAUUUUAUUCAUCCCCUUUAAAAGUAAAGAUAUAUGUAUUCAAUGUGUUGUCCAAUUCUCUUGGUGUUAUGGUCCUCCUGGGGAUAUGUCCCCUGCUUAAACUUACAGACCAGGGCAAGGGACGGAGUCUGGGACAGAGAUAUAAACAAAUAAAUCUGACUGGAUUCUUUUCCCAAUUAGUUUGGGCAAAAACUAAUCACUAAAGCCUCCAAAAGAUUAUUCAACUAUUAAAUCACUGUGCUUAUUUAAAACUUCAGUUCUAGAGACUUGGGAAUUACUAUAGCUAUUCUUGAACAAUGAGGCUAUAGGGCUUUAUUAUUUUUUAUUUAAGAAAUGUAGUUGAAUUAAAAUUAAUCUUUUAAUUUUUAGGUCUUAACAAAUCUUUCCCUAUAUUAAAGUAAAUAUAAUUUCCUAUGAAUGUUUUUCAAAGUUCAAACUAAUUUUGUCUUUCACUUUUAGGCCUGUAAUCUACCUGAAAGUGAUUUUCUCUGUGUAUUUUUCUG